GCAUCUAAAAAAAAAAGAGGGAUCGGCGCAGUGAGGUGUGCGUCACACAAAGCAAUUUAAGCAAAGCAAGCGCCGCAGAUAAAGCUUCAAAUUCAGUCAACCAUGGCGGAUGCUGUCGCCGCAGCCGCGGAAUUCGGGCCACGCCAAAAGAUGACGCUCGAUGCGGAUUUGGUACAGGUGCUCACCGACGGCGACGCGGUCCGCAUGGAGGAGCUGUUGAUGGGGAGAGAAGGCUGCGGCAGCGACGACGGUGGCUACCGUCGAACAGACGCCCUGCAGGUCUCAAUCAACGUCGGCGCCGCGGCCCUGCGUGCAGCGGCGCCGCGGACAGGUACGAGCUCCCUCCUUGGGGUGACGAGCAACGGGAACACGGCAUUGCAUCUCGUCGCCAGCCGCGGCCACGUCGAGCUCGCGAAGCUCAUCAGCGAGACGGCGCCGUCGCUGGUCGCCACGAGGAACAAGUGCCUCGACACGCCGUUGCACUGCGCGGCGAAGGCUGGGCACCGGGAUGUAGCAGACUGUCUCUUGCCGAUGAUGCGCGCCGCCGAGGGGACGGCGCCUCUGCGGGCGAUGAACCAGCUGGGCGCCACCGCGCUGCACGAAGCCGUCCGGCACGGCCGUGCUGAGGUGGUGGAUCUAUUCAUGGCGGAAGCUCCCGAGCUGGCCGCAGUAGCAUCCGGCGAUGGCGUCUCGCCGUUGUACUUGGCGGCGACGACUGGUAGUGGUUCGGUGUGUUUGGUUGCGGCGCUGCUACGUCCGUCACGUGACGGGAUGCCGUCGCCGGCAUCGUUCGCUGGCCCGGAGCCGGAGGGACGUACGGCUUUGCAUGUUGCGGCAGCUAUCAGCCAAGGUACAAAUGAAAUUUCAUAAUGUUGUUUUGUGUAUAGAACAUUAAUUGUUCUAUUUUUGCCAUGAGCUAGUUAAUUAGUACUGCAGCCCUACCAAUUUAACCGCAGAAGUAUAUUGACUAUAAAGAGCUGCAUGAUUUUGUUGUCGUUAUGAAACUAAGCAAAUUCAAACCAUUGGUUUGCGUCCAUUUCCAUUUAUUAGAUUUGCUUCUAGUUAGAUUAUCUCCAACGGAACAUCUAAACUAAGCUCCCAAAUAGAUUUUGAGGUAAAGGAAGAAAAAUCAAGGUACAAAACUCUGGCUGCGUUUAGUUCCACUCUAAAAUUAAAAGUUUGAAGAAAUUAAAAUGAUGUGAUAGAAAAGUUGAAAGUUUGUGUGUAGAAAAGUUUGAUGUGACGGAAAAGUUGAAAGUUUGAAGAAAAAAAGUUAAUUAGAAUCUAAACAGGGCCUCUAUUAAACCUCCAAAAUAGAAAGGCACCCAAAUCCCUCACAAAUUUUGACAAUUUGACCCUUUGCAAAAACUAUUUUUACAAAUGAACCGCUUCCAAAACUUAUUUUAAAUCUGACCCUUUUGCUC